AGUGGUUAUUAGAAUUCAUGUAUCUAUGUAUUUCAAAUCAAAGAAUUAGAAGUGAAAAGUAUGAAAUUUGUUACCUGACAAGUCAAUCACCAUUAUGUUGCUCAAGUAAAUAUGUAUUAUCGUUGGAACAAUUCUACAAAAUUUGCCAUGCAAAAUAAGUAAAAAAGUUCAUCUUACAAAGUUAUUAUGAUGUAAGUAUGUAAUAAUGUUUUAUAAGUAAACUUGAAAUAAAUUGGUGUACUAUAUAAAAUAUAUAAACUAUCUUAAAACUUUAAAUAUAAUACCCAAAAUUGAUCAUAUAUUACAUUAAAUUUUGUAUGGAUUAAAAAAUUCGUGUAUUCAAUUUUAAUAACUGUUCUACUUUAGUACGCGGUCCACUAUGUAAUAUCGAUUUAUGCUACUAACCGGAUACGCGAUUAUUUAGCGAUACGAGGAAUCGAGAUUUAAGUUUGACAAUAUGUCCGAAAAUUGGAGAACGCAGAAAAGAAUUCAAAAUCGAACAGAAAUUUGAAGUGGCUAGAUUAAAUCUUUAUUGUCACGCUUGAUAUAGAAAUUGGAAAUUAAUACGACGUAAGAUCGUUGAAUUACAAGGUCUGAAAUCUGAAAUCUUUAAUUAUUUCAGGAGUAAAUUGUUUAAAUCAAAACUGAAACAGUUUUUCUUUUCUCAAUGAAACCUGUUCUGACAUGUCUUACACUGAAUUGGAACAUGGUUAUCAGGGUCUACGGAAUGCCACUCGACCAAUUUUCUAUGUAGGGGAUAUAAAUACAGUACAACCAACCCUUGUGGGUCCUGUUGCUUCUUCUAUAUAUCGUUCAUCAAAAAGAGCCGAACUGUCGGACGGGUGCAGCAAUGAUGAUGAAUGCAUGGGUGGAAGUGAUUUGGAAGGGGAAGGGAAGCAAGUUCUGGUUGGAGUCUGUGCGAUGGCCAAGAAAUCACAAAGUAAACCAAUGAAGGAAAUUUUAACAAGACUAGAAGAAUUUGAAUACAUUAAAAUAGUAGUAUUUCCCGAAGAAGUUAUUUUAAAGGAAUCAGUAGAGGAUUGGCCAAUUGUUGAUUGUUUAAUAAGUUUCCACAGUAAGGGCUUUCCUCUUGAUAAAGCUAUAAGUUAUGCUAAUCUUAGAAAUCCUUUUAUUAUCAAUAAUUUACCGAUGCAAUAUGACAUCCAGGAUCGUAGAAGGGUUUAUGCCAUUUUAAGCAGCGAGGGUAUUGAAAUUCCAAGAUAUGCCGUCCUGGACAGAGAUUCUUCUGAUCCAAAACAUCAUGAAUUGGUGGAGUCGGAAGAUCACGUGGAAGUUAAUGGUGUUACAUUCAAUAAACCGUUUGUAGAAAAACCAGUAUCUGCUGAGGAUCAUAAUAUUUACAUUUAUUAUCCUACAUCUGCAGGAGGUGGCAGUCAAAGACUAUUUAGAAAGAUCGGAAGUCGUAGUAGCGUAUAUUCGCCAGAAUCUCGAGUUCGUAAAACAGGGUCUUAUAUUUAUGAAGAUUUUAUGCCUACCGAUGGCACAGAUGUUAAAGUUUAUACCGUGGGUCCUGAUUACGCUCAUGCUGAAGCAAGAAAAAGUCCUGCUUUAGACGGGAAAGUCGAAAGAGAUUCGGAAGGAAAAGAAAUUCGUUAUCCCGUUAUAUUAAGUAACGCCGAGAAACUGAUUAGUAGAAAAGUGUGUUUGGCUUUUAAACAAACUGUUUGUGGUUUCGACCUGCUCAGAGCAAAUGGUCAGUCAUUCGUGUGUGAUGUAAAUGGAUUUAGUUUUGUAAAAAACUCAAAUAAAUAUUACGAUGACUGUGCUAAGAUUUUAGGAAAUAUGAUUCUGAGGGAGUUAGCACCUACUUUACAUAUUCCUUGGAGUGUUCCCUUCCAGUUAGACGAUCCACCUAUCGUACCUACUACAUUUGGAAAAAUGAUGGAAUUACGUUGCGUUGUUGCUGUUAUAAGACACGGCGACAGGACUCCGAAACAAAAAAUGAAAGUGGAAGUUCGUCAUCCAAAAUUUUUUGAAAUAUUUGCAAAAUACGACGGUUACAAACACGGUCACAUUAAAUUGAAACGACCUAAGCAGUUACAAGAGAUAUUAGACACCGCGCGUAGUUUGUUAGCUGAAAUUCAACAUCGGGCUGCAGGGCCAGAAUUAGAAGAAAAACAAGGGAAACUUGAACAAUUAAAGAGUGUUUUAGAAAUGUACGGCCACUUCUCAGGAAUAAACCGCAAAGUACAAAUGAAAUAUCAACCAAGGGGGCGACCAAGAGGAAGUUCGUCGGAUGACGGUACAAAGAAUCGACUUGGCGAGCCAUCACUUGUCUUGAUCUUGAAAUGGGGUGGAGAAUUAACACCGGCCGGCCGUAUUCAAGCAGAAGAAUUAGGAAGAAUAUUUCGCUGCAUGUACCCCGGUGGUCAAGGUAGACACCUUAGUGAGGAAGACUCAGAGAUGUUACCAAACCACGGUGAUUAUGCUGGUGCUCAAGGUUUGGGUUUACUUCGACUUCAUUCAACUUUUCGUCACGACUUGAAAAUUUAUGCAAGCGACGAAGGAAGAGUUCAAAUGACUGCAGCUGCCUUUGCGAAAGGUUUGCUCGCGUUAGAGGGAGAAUUAACGCCCAUACUAGUACAGAUGGUUAAAAGCGCUAAUACUAAUGGUCUCUUGGACAACGAUUGUGACAGUAGUAAAUAUCAAAAUAUGGUAAAAACGCGACUCCACGAAUUAUUACAACAGGACAGAGAAUUUACGCGCGAGGAUCGGGAACAAAUAAAUCCUGGAAAUGCAUUGAGUAUUAACGCGGCUAUGGAUUUUGUUAAAAAUCCUGUUCGAUGUUGCCAACACGUCCAUAUUUUAAUCCAAAAAUUAAUGGAUAUCGUGCGCAUUAAAAAAGAUGAUCCAAAAACUAAAGAUGCGAUUCUUUAUCACGGUGAAACGUGGGAAUUAAUGGGUCGUCGAUGGGGAAAGAUCGAAAAGGACUUCUGUACCAAACAUAAGAGAUUUGAUAUAUCAAAAAUUCCGGAUAUUUACGAUUGUAUAAAAUACGAUUUGCAACAUAAUAACCAUACACUGCAAUUUGAGCAUGCGGAAGAAUUAUAUAUUUAUUCCAAAUACUUGGCAGAUAUUGUUAUACCACAGGAAUAUGGAUUAACAGUGCAAGAAAAACUUACAAUAGGACAAGGUAUCUGUACUCCUCUUUUGAAAAAAAUAAGAGCCGAUUUGCAAAGAAAUAUAGAAGAAUCUGGAGAAGAAACUGUUAAUAGGCUUAAUCCAAGGUAUUCUCAUGGUGUUUCGAGCCCUGGUCGACAUGUUCGCACAAGACUUUAUUUUACAAGUGAAAGUCACGUGCAUUCAUUGUUAACAGUUUUACGUUACGGUGGUUUACUCGACGUAAUAAAAGAUGAACAGUGGCGUCGUGCUAUGGAGUAUGUUAGUAUGGUUUCCGAAUUAAACUAUAUGUCGCAAAUUGUAGUUAUGUUAUACGAAGAUCCAACCAAAGAUCCGAGCAGCGAAGAACGUUUUCACGUUGAAUUGCAUUUUAGUCCCGGUGUUAAUUGUUGCGUACAAAAAAAUUUACCACCAGGCCCGGGCUUUAGACCUCACUCGCGCAACGAAAGUAGUCAUAAUAUAGGUGAAAGUGGCGGUGGAUCUGCCCAAGACACUAUUUCUCAAUGCAGUGCACGAAUAGAAGAAGAAGACGUAGAAUUGGGAAUUUUGGAAGAUGAUUUCAUGAAUGCACCAACACAAUCUGAUACACCUCCUCCACUAGUGGAAACAGAUGUUGGAGAUUCAACGAUGGAUAGUCCAACAACUAGCAGAGCUGUUGAUAUGAUGGACCUAGAUCCUAAUAUGAUGGAUGAACCUUUCGACAGUGGUUUCUUGCAAAGUUCAGCACCAAUUCCGAUAAGUGCUAGGACUGUAGCGGGCCACGAGGCAGCUAGACUUGGUAGUCAAUUAGCUGCUAGUCAACGUCAACGACGCGAUGCGGAGAGAGGUGGAAUUGUCGAGCCACGAGCACGUAGUUACGAUCAUCAAAGACAAGACAAGUCUGAGAAAGCUGCGGACAAGCUGCAGUAUCAGAGCUUGGACGCGGUCAACAAAGAAGGAAAGCAUGCAACAACAGAGUGCCGGGUACAAACAUCUAGCCAGGCUUUGCUGCACGUGCCUAUUACGGGGAAGUCGUUGGCUUUGUCGCACUCCUUCAGUUCACCGGAGUUACCCGUCCCUACGAUCGCAACCUUCGCUUCGACACCUUUGGUGACUUUACAUAACACUCCCCUAAUUUCACCGAACAGCAGGACUUCGGAUAUCACGAAUAUCGUGCUCCCAGUCCCCACAGUUCGUUGUUCGACAUGUCUCGAUACCGAUACAGGAGACGGUCAUCCCCAGCCACGUUCUCAAAGUAAGAAAUACGGACGUUCCCAUUCAGAAACGAUUCUUCCCUGCGUCGAGUUUAACGGUGAGUCGAGCGAUCCGACGAGAUCGCCACGGACCAGUUCGUGGCAAAAGUCGUCGUCCCUUUCGUUAUCCCGCCACGAAAGAACCCGAGAGACGGCAAAAGGACGCGUCGAUAUCGAGAAACGAUCACGUUCGUUGUCCCCCUAUCUACCCAGAUGUCUUUGUUAUAAUUGUAACGUGUCGGAGCUGAUCCUGCGGAGCAGAGAGCUACCACCCGUGGAACGUUCAAAUUUCGACACGUAUUUCGCUCGCUCGCUGUCGCACAAGUUCUUUAACUGUUCCUGUUACCUGAGUCUGCGCCACGAUGAAUCUAAUCGUUCCUCUUGCAGCGUUUCCUCCAACGACAGUUACGGAAAUGUCCACGAGUUUCGUCGAUUGGCGAGCUUCGAUCUAGAUCUUGGCUCGCUACCUCGCAGAGGGCAACGUUCUGCGUUUCUCGAGAAACGAGAUCCUAGUGUUUGUAAUUCGGAGUCCGGUGAACCUUUCGCGUGUAAGCGCCUCGUGACCAAGGAGAGACAGAAGUGGAGGCCCGACAGAAAAGUGAUCAGACGGACGUUCAGUGGUGGAUCGGUCGUUGAAAGUAAUCGUACGCUAAUAAGAACGUUAUCCUGCCCCAAUUUGCCCGGAUCUGACGAUGUUCUUCCUCUUGUCGGUCCGCUUUGUUCGAUUCAGUGUUCCUCGUCCAGCUGUUCUCGAACACGAAGACGCCGUUCUUUCACCAGCUUCAGUCUCCAUCGGCACGGUAGCCUAGUAGACGUACCAGAUCAUAGUAGUACGCUUUCUCAUACGUCCUCUGUGCAUAAUAAUGAUGUCCACGACUGUCACGAUACUCCUCGAAAAUCUAACCAUCGUUCCAAGUGUCCACGUGCACCGUUCUCCCGUCUCCAGCCUCAACGAUCCUUCUCGUCUCCAGACACACGACCUUCAAUCAUUCAACCUGACCCUACCUGCACAGCAAGGCGCCACCGUCACAGUAUCUCCGGACAGAUGAGUUAUUUCAAGCUGUUGGGUUACAACGUCAACAAGAAGCUGACAGGAUCGGCGAACAGUCUCUUCAGCACCGCGGUUAUCAGUGGUUCUUCGAGUGCACCGAAUCUGAAGGACAUGGUACCCGCUCACGCCUCUGCUGUUGCUGCAAUAGAAGGUUUCGGUGGCGUGCCUCCGAUAAGACCUUUGGAGACACUUCACAACGCGCUUUCGCUACGUCAGUUGGACUCCUUCUUGGAGAUGAUGACCAGUGUUCCCUUGUUUCGAACACCGGCAUCGUCGCCUCCAAAAUAUCCAUCACCGGCUGGAUCUACGCACGAAUCGGUUAACCAAAAUCUCAAUAUCGGGGGAAUGAGUCGCGAGUACCACUCUUCCGACUUGGAAGCUGUCAGGUACCGUAAGAAAUUAAGUAAACAGCCCUUAUACAUCACCCCGACUCCUAUACAGUACAAGACUUCGAACGAUGGAGAGACUAGCGACAUUAGAAAUCAGUUGUCACCGACUAGUCCUAACAGUACUGGAUGGAGUAGCGAACCGCAAUCGUUUCUAUCAUCGGAACCUUCGUCUCCUGCUCCAACUUCGACAGGAGAGUGCAGUAUGUCCAUAAGCUUAAUUAGCAACGAGGGUGCACAGUCUUACAACACGGGCCCUAAGUUUCCGACAACGCCUUGUCUGGACGUCGACUUCAAUGAAUUUUGCAUGAAUAUCGAUCAAGAUAAUAGAGAAAGCCGUGGUAGCGUGUCGUACACGGACUAUUACAGCAACGAAGACGGUCAAAUUCGGAAAUGUGGUUUUGGAACCGGUUUUGGUAGUAAUUUUCAAAAAAUCAUACGUACAGAGGAUCUUCCUAUCGAUAAUAUCGACGACGACGAAGACCACACGAUAACGUUAAAGCAAACCGAGGAGCAAAAGAAACAAGAUGUUAAAGAAAUAUUCGAGCAAAAGGAGACCCUGAACCUAAAGCCUAAUAGUUACAAGAAAAUUGGAAGAUUUCUCGUUGAAAGCAUGGAUAUAUCGGACGAAGACGUCAGAAUCAAAGAAGCAGACAACGUAUUUGACAAAGCAAAACCGUCCGUCUCUCAGAAAAGCGAAUCUUCCAAUGCAGAGAAAGCUAAGAGAAGUAAAGAUAAGGAGACGAAUCAAGAACAAAAGAAGAUUCAUACCUCCAACAGUCACAAGAGAAAAAAUUUUUCGCGAUCGCAGAGCGUCUCGGCGCCAAAAACCCCUGCUUCGAAAACUGAUACAAAUUUCAGUUAUAAAUCUACAUCGAAACUAGGCUCGUUCUCGAAUAUGUCGGGAAAAGAUUUGGAAAAUUGGAAGCAAAACAUGAUGGAAACAAUACCGCCUUCUUCGUCCACAGCAAACUUAGAAGAGCCAAUUUUGACUGUUGCAAGUAGUCUGACAGGCAGCACUAGCGUAACGGUAGGUUUUAAUGUCGAAGAUGAAAAAAUAGAGUAAGCUAAAUCUUCGUGACGUUAUUUCUUUCUUUUCUAAUCGAUGUUCAUCCGUAAAACUGGCCUUUUAAUCAUAAAAUUUUAUUUUAAUAGAUAGGUAGCUAAUAGAUACACCCCUUGUUGUACCCCACAAAGGGAAUAAAAUAUAUACUACUACUAGAUACACCCCUUGCACAUAGUGUUCAAGAGUUGUUGCUUUAUAUCCGAGUAAAAAAAAAAGAAAAAAAAAAAUCAACAGUAUAGUUUGAAAUGGGGACACUAACAAACGAAAAUUUAUAUUACACGACUAAUUAAAAAGAAACUUGUGCUUUUUAGUUGUGAAACGUAAAAUUCUAUGCAUUUUUAAUAUUACUUUUACUUCAUAUUUUUUGAAGAUGCUACAAGAGUUUAAAAUGAAAUUAAUAUAAUAUUUUAAAUUAAUAAUAUUUUGAAAAUGUAUUUAAUGGAUAACUUCUCUUAACACGUACGUCAAUAAUAUUGAUGUAUUUAUUCCCUUAACUUUUGUUCACCGAUAAAAGAUAUGAAUUUUCCUUAACUACUUAAAAAAAUAUAGUAAGAAUUUCUUACAAAGGGGAAACCAAAAUUGACCUAAUA